AUGAGCUCGACGCCGGAAGAUGGCGAGAUCGAACAGCACGCUGUCGAGGCUGUUGACAGGGAACGGCAUAUCGCCGACCUUCCGGACGAGACCUUACCUCUUAUCGAAGAUGAAAAUGCCCAAGAAGAGCUCGUGAAAGACCUGGAAGAAGAUGUAGACACUAUCCCUCAGCUGGAUGUUCAUGAGGAUACAGGAAACAAUGAAGAUGAUUCUCUGCUAGAUAUGUCGCAUGAUGUUGGCACAUCGCAACCCGGUAUACAGGUGAUUGAUGCUGCCAUACGACCUGCUAGCCUGGAUGGCUCAGUCUCGAUACCUGACGAUACUCCUUCAAUCCAGGACUCUGGCUUGUCUUCUCCGAGAAGCGAUGGCCCUGCAAUUCCCCCACUAAUCUCAAGAAAAAGUUCCACAGCCUCUAGACGACCAUUCGAGCUGCGCUUUCAAUCCAGACUUUCAAGCUCCUACCUCAAUACUCCUCGUGCAUCUUCCCCUGGUUUCCUUAAUGCUCAUUCACGUCAGUCCUCUCUUGCCAGUUUUGGCCCGGCCUCGGAGUCCGCUACCGAGGACACUCAGACUCCUUGGGAGGUGAUCAGAUGGACGAGACUUAGGAGGUUGACGGCACAAGUCUUCUCAGAGAUUGGCCGUCGGAACUUUGGUAAUCCCACCUGUCUUGUCGUUACCGAGUACAUCGUGAUUGGCACGUCAAAAGGCCUCAUCCUUGUCUACGACCAUCAGCAGAAUAAUAAAGCAACAAUAGGCUUAGGCACUAAGGCUACCGAGUCUGGUUCUGUGACUGCCUUGGCUAUCUCGGCCGAUCAUACUGCGAUUGCCGCAGGCUACAAUGCUGGCAAUAUCUUGGUAUGGGAGGUAAUUCGACCUUCGAGGCCUUUCAUGCAAAUUCCAGCUGUGGACGCUACUGCUCCAGAAGCGCGCAAGCUCGAUGGUCACCUUGAGGGCAGUGGUGUACUUCAUGUCGGCUUUCUAGGUUAUCGAAGGACUGCUUUGGUCUCCGCUGAUGAUAAGGGUAUGGCUUUCUCUCAUCUUGCUUCUCGUGGGACGGGCGCAUUAGGACGUACCAUCCGAACUACAAGAAUACUAGGAAGAUAUCCAGAGGUAAUCGUUCGCAAGGCAAGCAAGCCAGUUAAGAAGAGCUCGGUUCUGGCCUUUGCACCAAUGCCACUGGGCAACAUUGAACAGAAAACAGACAGUCUGGGAUUGGUUGCUAUGCUUACACCCUAUCUCCUUGUGGUUGUGUCUACCACUCCCAUUGCACAAACCCAGCAUAAAGCAGCUCGACCUAAAGAGGUGGCUGCGCAUAGUGCCAUGACCGCGGCAUUGGCCUGGUUUCCAGCAAUCAAGCUCAAAGGCAGUGAAACGAAUGUUUCGAAAAACAAGCUGGUAUAUGCUUGGUCAAACGUCAUAAGUGUGCUUGAGGUUGAAGAAGCUCCUAGAGAUCCCGAGACCCCUCAGGAUAAGCCGGUAGAGCUAAUGUUUGUCUCGAGAAGUCGCUACGAAUCUGAGGAAGCUAUUGUUGCGCUCCAGUGGCUUAGCCGUUCUGUGGUUGCUGCACUGACUAUCACGCAACAAUUGCUCAUCAUUGAGGAUGUGACAAUGACUGUCACCGACGCCUUCGACCUAUUGCCAAAGAACUUGUAUCACGCUGAUCUAUACUCUCAUCAAUUGCAAGCCGUUAUCGAACAUCAUGACGACGAGGACGAAGACACUUCUAUGCAUGGAGUUGUUGCCGAUGGUUACUACAUGAGCUUUCGAGUUUACAAGGGACGUCUUUUCUUAUUAGGCAGUAAUGAAGUGUGGUGGGGCAGUCUUACAAACUGGGCUGAUCGGUUACUUGCGUUAAUGGAAACAGGCGACUUCAUAGCUGCUAUUCGACUUGCGACAAACUACUAUUCUGGAAGCAGCGAGAAAGUAACUAUUGGCCUUCCGGAGGACAAUGCAUUACGCUCCUCUCUCGUUCACGACAAACUACUUGAAAUGAUGAGUGCUUCCUUGAGGUAUGCUUUUGGCAAGAACGAGCAGGCCAGUGAUGCGUCUUUGAAUCGUCGACAGCUUGUUGAUCUUGCUGUCGCAUGUGUGGCUGCAUGUUUGAGGAUGAAUGAGAAGGACUUCCUCUUUCACGAAGUAUUCGACUGGUAUGAUGAGAACAAUGCUGGCGAUAUUCUUGUCGAUGUUCUUGAGCCUCAUAUUCUGGAUCGACAAAUCACCUCGCUACCUCCUGCAGCAGUCAAGACUUUGAUCAAUCAUUUCGUCAACACGCAUACGCCAUCGCAUCUAGAGGAGGUCAUCUGCCUCCUCGAUGCAACAGAAAUGGACGUUGAUCAGGUCACUUCGCUUUGCAAGCGUCACAAUUUAUACGACGCGUACAUCUACGUUUGGAACACAGCGUUGAUGGACUACACCAGUCCUCUACUGGAAUUACUAGAUAUGACUUUUAGGAAACCAGGUGCUAACGGAAGCACUACAUCACCUCAUACAGCACCCCUUGCCAGUCAGAAGGUGUUUCCAUAUCUAUCCUUCAUUCUGACCAGCCGUGUCUAUCCUAUUGGUGAUUUCAUGGACGAUGAUCGAGCUCUGUCAGCAAAAACUCAGAUCUACGAACUACUAUUUUACGGCAAAGGUGGCGAGAAGGAUCCCUUCGCUACUCUACGUCGUCUUCUUGAGUUUGAUGUGUCCAACUUCAUGGCAGCACUGAAUGAGGCUUUUGAGGAUUCUUUCCUGAACAGUGGUCAAGACGAAUCAUUGCACGAUAAUGGAGAGCACCGAAGCUCUGUGUUCAAUCGGCAGAUUAUUGUCAGGAUACUGCUAGAUGUGAUGUCUACAGGCUUUGACGCAACUGAACGAAUCUAUUUGGAUAUGUUCAUUGCCCGGAACCUGCCCAAGUAUCCGCAGUAUAUGCUGCUGGCUGGCACAACUAUGGAGCAAGUGUUCACAAGGCUCUGCGAGUAUCAAGAUGAGGAUCUACACGAUGAUGCUCAACUCAGCAUUGAGUACCUGAUGACUGUCUACAAGCCUUCCAACAUCGUCAACUUGAUUCCGUUGCUUCAAAAAGCUCAUUUCUAUCGAAUUCUCAAGAUGGUAUACAGGCAGGAAGAGGAUUGGCCGAAACUGCUCGACAUGUACUUCGUUGAUACGGAGGAUCAAUCUCAGGUCUUCGAUGUCAUACUCGAGUGUCUUCGGCCAAGCUCCGACCUUGACCAAAAACAAAGGCAGGAUGUUGUGGACGAGUUGAAGAGACACGUAGAAGAUUUGUCCAAGAUUGAUGUUGCCAGGACAGCCAAGGUGAUUGAGAUUGUUCUGUCCGACGAUCAUGCCUUCUUUCUUGAUUCACUGGCUGAUGCGAAAGCACGAUAUACCUACCUGUCGACACUACUUGAACCAGCGGAUGGUGCAGGCAGAAGCCAGCACAUAACCAAUAACAUGAUCGAAGAAUACGUUCGUCUCAUCUGCCGUUUUCAGCCGUCACAUGUUGUUGAUUACAUUAGUACUGUCAAAGAGGGCGAGCUUCGGCUGGAAAAUGUUGUACCUGCCCUGGAAACAAGUGGCAAUAUCGAUGCUGCUGUCGUGCUUCUCGCACGUCAAGGUCAAGUACAGGAUGCGAUGGAUCGACUUAUCAAACAUUUGUCUACGAUCGAAGCAGCUUUGAGUGGCGUUCUGGAGAGCGCGGCCGAUAGCCCUGACGAAGUUGCUACAAAUGAAGCGAUUGAAGAUCUGCUCUCCUCUGUUGACAAGUAUGCCAAAGUUGGUAUAUGGCUAUGUGAGAGUCAAACACAGAACGCUGCGACAAGGAGCAGGACACCUUCCAAGUCUCCACGACGGUCGUCGAUCAAGCAACCUCUAUCGUUCGAAGAAAAUUUGUGGCUCGACUUUAUAGCUGCUGUCGUAUCAAUCGCACAAAGGGUUGGUACGAACACAAUACAGGACAGUAACAGUACCGACUCAGAUGAAGUCGUCUCAUCCCUCAGAAACACAAUCCAAAGAGUCUUCACUGCACUCCUAAACUCAACGGCGGUAGCUCGCAGCCAAAAACACCCAGACAGUCUUCGCUUCGUACGAAUCCUCCGAGCCUUCCUUUCCCGCGCAGCCGAAGUCUCUCCGUCCCUAUCACACCUCCGCCACGUCAUGAGCAGCAUCUUCUCCGCGUACGGCUACGAAGAAUCCCUCCUCAGCCUAUCCAACGCAAUGCUCGACAAAGACCUCUUCGUCCACGUCCACGAAGUCACUAAACUUCGGGAGAUAGGCUGGCGACCACGAGGACAAGUCUGUGGUUUAUGUCGACGUCGUGUCUGGGGUCCGGGUAUUGGUCUGAAGGUCUGGGAGGCUUAUGAACGCAAUGAAAAGGAGAGAACGAGGAGGCUUGAGGGGUUUAGACGGCAGAGUGUUGUGGGCAGUGAAGGGACGGAAGAGGAAGGGAGAGGGAAAGGGAAGGCUACUGAGGUCAAAGCUGAGGAUGAGGAUGAUGACGACGAGGAACAGCGAAAUGUCAAUGGAGCGCAGUUGGAGCUGGAGGCGGAAGCCAUUGUUGUGUUUUCGUGUCGGCAUUUGUUUCAUCGACGAUGUCUUGUUGAUCAUCGGCAUCAAUAUCGGAAUCAAGGGGUAGAGGGAGCUGAUGAUGAUGCAAGUGUUGAUGGACAGGGCCAGAGUGAUGGACAGGGAGCGAAUCGUGAUGGUAGGCUGGUAUGUCCUAGUUGUGUAUAG